CAGCGCAGAGCCACCAUCACAAGUGAGCCCUGCAGGCUUUGCGACAGCCACAAGGACAGAGAGCUGUGCUAACAAAACCCCAUGUGAGCGCUCGCUUCUCCCGCACACAGAAAGCAAACAUUCAAGUGUGGAAAUAAACCUUGGGCAACCCAGGCAAACCUGCCUGUAUCGCUUGAUUAAGAAAUGUCGUUCUUAUUUUCCAGGUGCAACGCUAAACUUCAAGUCGAUCCGUACACUACAUUAAGUGGCUUUAACUAAAAUGGAAAAGUAUGAGAAGCUAGCUAAGAUUGGAGAAGGGUCUUAUGGCGUGGUAUUCAAGUGCAGAAACAAAUCUUCCGGACAAGUAGUAGCCAUCAAAAAGUUCGUGGGAUCUGAAGAAGAUCCUGUGGUUAGGAAAAUCGCCCUGCGGGAAAUCCGCAUGCUGAAGCAGUUGAAACACCCAAACCUUGUGAACCUCAUCGAGGUGUUCAGAAGAAAGAGAAAGAUGCAUUUAGUUUUUGAGUACUGUGAUCACACGCUGUUAAAUGAACUGGAGAGAAACCCAAACGGAGUUUCUGAUGGAGUGAUUAAAAGUGUGCUAUGGCAAACCCUUCAAGCCCUUAACUUCUGCCACAAACAUAAUUGUAUUCAUCGGGAUGUAAAACCUGAAAACAUCCUAAUAACCAAGCAAGGAGUGAUAAAGAUUUGUGACUUUGGAUUUGCACGGAUUCUAAUCCCCGGAGACGCCUACACAGACUACGUCGCCACCAGGUGGUACAGAGCCCCUGAACUUCUUGUGGGAGACACGAAGUACGGUUCCUCUGUGGACGUGUGGGCGGUCGGCUGUGUUUUUGCAGAGCUCCUGACCGGUCAGCCACUCUGGCCAGGAAAAUCAGAUGUGGACCAACUUUACCUGAUCAUCAGGACGUUGGGAAAGCUGAUCCCAAGGCAUCAGUCCAUCUUUAAAAGUAACCAGUUUUUCCGUGGCAUCAGCAUACCUGAACCAGAGGACAUGGAGACUCUUGAAGAAAAAUUCUCAAAUGUUCAGCCUGUGGCUUUAGGUUUCAUGAAGGGAUGUCUGAAGAUGGAUCCCGACGAGAGGCUGGGCUGUGCACAGCUGCUCGACAGUGCCUACUUCGAUUCUUUUCGAGAGGAUCAAAUGAAAAGAAAAGCCCGCGUUGAGGGGAGAAGCCGAAGGCGCCAGCAGAAUCAACUGCUGCCUCUUAUACCUGGAAGCCACAUCUCCCCCACACCUGAUGGAAGAAAACAAGUCGUGCAGUUAAGAUUUGAUCAUCUUCCAAACAUUUAGGGGACCUGCCCAUCUCAGCGCAUUCUUUUAAUAUAUAUACAAGACAGGAAUCCUCGGCGUCUCAAAAGCAGUGAGCGACGUGAAUAUGAAGGCGCCUCUGAUCACCACUGAUUCAUUCCCUGUGCUUUUUCCAUGCCAACCUCACCUCCUAGAAUAUUCUCUUUAGACAUUGUAAUGCCAAAAUGGCAUUUCAAAGAGACGCUUCCAGUUUCCCCAGAGCUAGGCAGAUACUGAAAAUCUGUGGACUUAACGCUUCAACUUAGGGAAAGAUUUCCACAUAGCCCCUCACUUCAGCUUACCAUGUGAUGUUCUGAGGCAGACCCAGAUCUGCCAGCUGCUGUUUGUGGAGGGGAUGGCCCUGAACCGCCUCACUGGAAUUUCUUCUCAGUGUAUCUGGGUCUUACUUUAGUCUUUACUUUAUAUGUUGAUGCGGCACAGUAAUCGUGAAAGGUGAUCUAAGUUUACCUCUUGACUCCACAGCCCACGCUAUUCUUAUCAUGAGGAACUGAUGAGUCUGCUUCUAAAAUGAGCUAGAGAAAACUCCAACAUGACCAGUAGUGGACAGACGACAAGGAAUCACCCACCAUAUAUAUCAUAGUAAUGUCCCUGAAUCCCUGGCUGCCCACUCUAAGGCUAUCCUGGUUCACCAUGGUUUCUCUUUCUUUUUUUUUUCUUUUUUAAUCUAUUUGUGAAUAUGAGAGAGAGGAAGAGGGGCGAGAGAAACCUCAUGUGUGAAAGUCAGAGGACAAGCUGGAGGCCAUCCUGACCUAUAUAGCAAGGCCUUUUCUCAACACCCACUCUCUAAGGUUUCUUGAAGCAAGUCCUUGCUGCUGAUUGUAUAACAUAUGAAUAAUUCCUAUAUGUUUAGGAUGCCAUUGUUGUCAUAUGUUGAAAUAGCUAAAGAUCUUGUUAGAAGUAGUAGUGUUUUUCACAUUGGCGGGUAUCUUAGUAUUUCAUUUCUGACCUAAUUAUAGUUAGAUUCAAACAUCAAAGGAUGUACUGGCUGGUUUUGUGUGUCAACUUGACACUAGCUGGAGUUACCACAGAGAAAGGAGCUUUGGUUGAGAAAAUGCCUCCAUGAGGUCCAGCUGUGGAGCAUUUUCUCAAUUAGUGAUCAAGGGGGAGGGCCCCUUGUGGGUGGAGCCAUCCCUGGGCUGGUGUUCUUGGGUUCUAGAAGAAAGCAAGCUGAACAAGCCAGGGGAAGCAAGCCAGUAAGAAACAUCCCUCCAUGGCCACUGCAUCAGCUCCUGCUUCCUGACCUGCUUGAGUUCCAGUCCUGAUUUCCUUUGGUGAUGAACAACAAUGUGGAAGUGUAAGCUAAAUAAACCCUUUCCUCCCCAACAUGCUUCUUGGUCAGGAUGUUAGUGCAGGAAUAGAAACCCUGACUAAGACAAAGGAUGAGUAUGUAUUACCUUACAUCUUAGAAUUGUACCUGUUUUAGCUAUGUUAAACCUUGUUAAAGGCUGGGGCCAUAACUGAACCUGUGGAGUUCUUGCCUGUGUGUAGGAAACCCUUGGGUUUUGUCUCCAGCAUGGAAUAAAACAGCUGUAGUCACACCUACCUGCAAGU